AUGUUAGGAAGAGUGAGGAAAACAUUCACCUACAUGGACAAGGGAAUGUUCCUGCCUAUUUACAAAACCCUGGUGCGCCCCCACAUGGAGUACGCCAUACAAGCCUGGUCCCCGUUCCUCCAAAAGGAUAUCAUGAAGCUGGAGAGGGUUCAGAGGAGGGCUACGAAGCUCGUCCCUGAACUCGCCGACCUUCCGUACCCGGAUCGUUUGAAGGAACUCCAGCUGACAACACUGGAAGAGCGAAGGAUCAGGGGAGAUAUGAUUGAGGUAUACAAACUGAUGCACGGGCUCGACAAGGUGAAUGCUGGAGAGGAGUUCCUGAGAAUGGAGACUGGUGCGAACAUGCAGAGGACGCGGGGACAUGCACUCAAACUACAGAAGCCAAGACACCGGCUACACAGGCGGAACCAAUUCUUCACUUCGAGAGUGGUGGACCACUGGAAUCAACUACCAUCUGAAGUUGUACUGAGCAAGAACACCAAUACCUUCAAAAACAGAUAUGAUAAACAUGUCCGUACACUGAGAAGAGGCAGCAUCCCAUGA